UACAGUUCCUACAGCCAGGCCAGUGCCCAGCAGGGGUAAGUCUUUCUACAUACAGGUUGUGUGCGCUACUAAGAUAAGAGUAUUCUAAUUAAUGCAGCGGAAUGGGUGUUUGUGUAAGUUGGUACAAUUAAUUAUGAUCUACAGAAACACGAUUUAUACUGAAUGAUUGAUCUUGUGUCCCUGCAGGUAUGGCUCCUAUGCUGCUCAGCCCUCACAGGGCUAUGGACAAUCUGCCCAGGUGAGUUUUAUAUUUAGACAAGGCCAUUUAUGAAUUACGCAAUCUGGAAUGCUGGUAAGAGACUCACAAUACUUCCUUGAUCGCAUUCCAUGUUUGCAUACAGCUUGAACUUAAGCACAGGAAAACUUGCCUGCUUGCCCAAGGUACUUGUCAUUAUAUAUUGGUCUAUAUAAGAAUCUUUUGUAUUUCAGCAGGGUUAUAGCCAGCAAGGAUAUGGGUCCUACGCCCAGCCUGCUGCAGCUGAGACCGGAUACUCUCAGGCAGCACCCUCUGCUGGCGGCUAUGCGCAGCAGUAUGGUUCCUCCUAUGGGCAACCAGCACCAGGUCAGUUUCAAAUGGACCAAAAUGAUUGGCCAAGAGUAGUUUUGGGGGAAGGGAAUGAGAAUUGUCCAUCAAAUGCCUCUAACCAGUGACCACAUGUAAUGUCAAUCCUGUAUUUAUAUUACUGCGAAUGUGUUUUGAGGACCUUAAAGGACAAUUUUCAACCCAAGUCACCUUUUUUUGAACUGUGAACCUUUUCUCCUCUAUUGCUAUCAUGUUACAGCUGGGAAUAAAACAGGUUCGACACAGAUUACUUUUCUUACAUCUCUAUCCAUUUCAUGCCACUUAGGCUAAGUCUAUACAAAGUCUUCAAUGGCUUGAUGGAUAGAUCCAUGUAAUAUAUUUAGCAUCAUGUGUAGUAGACUAGUAUUGUGAGUAGACUAGUUGAACCCUGGACAUGAUAGAUUUAUUUGACCCUAUUUACUACAUCUUACUAAUACAAGACAAUAGACCCUUCAUAAUAGUAUUCAUUUCAUCUAACAAUAUUUAACACUAAUUCUAACACACUUCUAAUAACACAAUUGUAUUCUUCUGUGCCAUUAAUAUUCUUCAUCAGUGCUCCUCACUGUCAAGUUUUAUAAGUCCUCGGUCCAGAGUGGGUUAUAGUGUGAUCCAAAUAAGGAACAGAUUGCUUCAUUCAUUUGGGCAGUUCUGGACUAAAAUCCUAACCGGGUUGUACCUGGAAUGAUCAAUCUACGCCUUUUUAACUGUCUCCUGUUUGACCACAGCUGGGUACCCUGCUGCCCAGCCUAGUGCCCAUGGCUACUCCCAGCCUGCCACGGGCUAUGGAGCCAGUGGAUAUGAGAGCGCUCCUGCUGCUGCUCCUGCUGCCUCUCAGCCCUCCUAUGGCUCCCAGCCAGGCUAUGCAGCCCAGUCUGCCUACGCUGGCUACAGCCAGCAGCCUGCCUCCACUGCACCUCAGAGGUAGGCUAAGUAGUCUCACAUUAGGACCAGGGUGUAAUGGAGGUAGUGAUACAGUGAAUGUUACACUUUAUUUUGUUGAUGUUUGUUGAUUUUAGUUUGUACACAGUGGAAGACCAGUUGCAGCUGUCAACCCAUAAGAAUCAUCUAGUGUGUAGAAAUAGUUGUAGCGCUUUUUAUGACCUGAUCAAUCCCUGCCUGUCCCUAAUUACUUCAGUUAUAAUCCCAGCAGCCAGCCUGCUGGCUACAGCCAGAGCAGCUACUCCCAGCCAGGGGGAUAUGCUGCGCAGCAGAGUGGGUACCAGGCCCAGCAGGGAAGCUAUGGGCAGCAGCAGAGUGGGUACCAGCAGCAGCAGCCCCCACCUCAGCAGCAACAGGCCCCUGCCGCGGCCUACCCCCCUCAGGCCUCAGGCUCCUACGGGCAGCCUGCAGGCAGCCAGUAUGGACAACAAAGUGGACCUCAAAGUGGUUACAACCAGUCAAGCCAUUACAGUAAGAGCAGCAGUCUCCCCUGUUUUUUUAACACACACACAUGAGCAUUGCAAUAUGCCUACCUGCUAGUUAUUGUCAUAGUCAUGUUGAUGUUCCUUCCUUUUCACACAAGGGCAUUUAUGCUAAUCCUCAUGUUAUUCUGUAGAUAACUAUGGACAGGAGGGCAGAGGCAGCUCUGGCUACUCUGGCUCUGAGCCUGCUAGGUUCCCAGGGGCAGGGGAGAGCCGUGGGCCCCCCAGGGAUGGCUAUGACAGGGGCGGCAUGAUGCACGGUGGCAGGGGACGUGGGGGCAUGGGCCGUGGAGGCAUGGGGUAAGUCACUCUCCUUAUUGCUCAACUUAACUUCCAUCCACUCUUGCAGGUGCUGCGGCCAGGCUGAGCAGGGCUGAGUCUAAAGUUUCCCUAAAACAUUAAUUGGGUGAAGUUAUAACCCUACAAAAGUAAAAUAGAUAUCUCUUUUAUUAGUGGGGACAGUCAAACUGUUUACUUUCGUGUAGGAUCAAAUAUCUAAUGCCUACAAAAAGUAUCAUGAAGGGACCCUCCAUUAGUGGGUACAAACUCUUAGCCCUGCCAUACAGUGGCCAAAGGUAAGAAGGGAAUAUGUUUUCAUGAAUCAAAGAGCUGGGACUGACAUUCGUGAACAGAAAGCUGGAGUUUUAAACUUUUCAAUCGGAUACCCCUUUUUGCUGUACCGCAGCUUUACAGGUGUAUAUAAUCUAUAGCAUUGAUUAUGGUCCAUCUAUUUACAAGGCUUCAGGGUCACUGCUGUGGGUUUCAAUGAUUUGGUGGGCACACCGCACCUUUUUAAAUGAUUGCUCUGCGGUUAAAAACGUUUUAAGAUGGUAUAAAAAGGUACCUAUUUAAUCCAUCCUCUGGUUUUCAUUUUAAAAAGCUGACCCAGAAGGUAUUUGGGAGUAUGCACUAUGGAAGUUUAGUUGCUAACUGAUUACCUCAUAAUUUGGCUUGUGUUGACUAUAUAUAACAGUAUUAUUUCAUAUUAAGCGAUUACUUAACUCUUGAAACCACAAAAUCCUUAGCUUUAAGCUAACAAAACUUUGCAAAACAAGACAAGCUUUUUCUCAUUGGUGUUGGGAGGUGUGCCCCUUUCUGUCCAAUUAGCUAAUUUCUGGACAAUAUUUCGGGGGGUGUUUUUUGCCUCACGACCCCCAGGGGCAGAUCUUCUAAAAUAACCUACAUUUGUUUAAUAAGCAAGACACAUUGAUUGCCUAUACCAAGGAAUUUAUUUGCAUACUAAGUUGAGGUCAAUGCACAUUUGGGGUUUGGAGUUUUUUCCUGGAAAACCAAUAAAGUACAUUUCUACAGGAUACAUCCAUGCAGAACUAAAGUUAUCCCCCUUAUAGGCUGGUGGUACUAUACUGGCAACCUGGAGCCUUUCAUGUUUUGUUAAAGCUUUCUGGGCAUUAUGAUGGCACCUAUAUUUUAAUUGUAGAGUUUGUGGUGAGGUUGAUUCCAUUGAGUAACAGACAGCUCAAGGUAAUAUCCCUGUAACAAGAAAACAAAAAAAGGAUCACGUGUUCACUAGGUCACACCAGACUCAUAUGUUCAAUUAUGUUUUGCCCUAGGCUUACAUUAUAUUAGAAUGUUAUUCAGUACAUGGCUGUGUAUUUGCCCUAAAGGGAUGAUCAACGUGAAUAAUUCCCCCUUUGUCUACAGCACAAUAUUUUAUUAAUUACAGGACAUUUGUGACAUUUCUUACCCUCAAUUAGAUAAUGUUAUUGAUUUUGUCCUGUUUUAAAGUUGAAAGUAGGCUAUAUCGCAACCCUAGUCUUUUUAUUUAUUUUUUAUAGUCAUAUGUAACUCCUGCUUUUACUUUCAUACAGUAUAGCUUUUAGGGCAAAAUGUUUUGGGUCCGGUUUCCCAGAGUAAGCCUAGUCCUUGACUAAAAAAAAUGCUCAGAAUGCUUUUUAGUCUUUGGACUAAGCUUAAUCUGUGUCUGGGGAAACCAGCCUUUAUUUGUUUUUUAAAUGUGGUUUGGAUUACAAAUGUUGUUUAAUCAAAUGAACACCUUUUUAACAUGCUUUGUCACAUUUACGCUACAGGUAACACAGUGAGAGCCAUGUAAACCAUCUAUAUUCUAUAAAGUACCUGUACUCAAUACAGAGCCGGCAGCUUAAACAACCGAAGGGGUUAAACCACAGAGAUUUGGGUUCUGCCUUAAAUCCAAGAGAUGAGGAUGGUGCUGUCUAAUGCGUGCUGGGAAACUUUUUAAAAUUAUGAUUAUACUAUACAAAUUGUAUUAUUACUUUUACCUUGGUGAACAUUGUCACAAGGUCAAGUUAAAUUCUGUAUUUAUUAGAAUUGUGUAACUUCAAUUCAUGUUUUUGUAAAAGAAUGUACAUGGAUGGUGUGUUUUUGGUUUUAAUUUCAAAGGUGACUGUAAUCACCUGUUUUUGUUUUGUAAUAUUUCAGAUGCUUUGCAUUUGACAACUUAAAUCAUUUGUUUUAACUCGUAUAGCCAUUUGCUUCCAACUGUAAAGUGGACAUAAUACACUAGCCUUCCACAUAUUUAACUGUAAGUUAUAUCUUGUCAGUAUAGUAUCUCCAGGCUAGCCAUUAUUAAACUACAUAUGGAAUGCAUCUAGAGGUUUUCCUUUGUAACAAAUUCCUGGGAUUCUGACCCAUAUUUCCCCAAAGGUAAUUGAGUUUUAACACCCCUCAGCUAGCUCCAAACUAGCCAGUAUCUGCUAUCAAAUGCUGUCGUUAAGAAGCCUUCUAGUAAAGGAAUGAUGCCAUAUAGUUGCUGUUAAUUCCUUCAUUCCCAUUAACUGGAUUGCAUAGACUGUAUAGGCAUGUUGGGGGUUGUUAAAUGAACUAGUCAGAAAUGUUUCCUUGAACCUCCCCAAACGAGCCAUGGGGCUCCAUGCAUGGAAGUGGCUGUUAAAAGGGAUAUCGCCUUCAUAUCUCCAUUUAUUCCCCCAUAGCGUCGCUGGAGACAGAGGUGGCUUCAAUAAGCCCGGUGGUAAGUUAACGAGUAUUACACUGGCUAGUCCACUCUAGACCUUUACCUACUAGAGCAUGUACGCGCUGAGCAUUUACCUAAGCCCUUACAUUGGUGUGCGCAGCAUUCUUUUUGGGGUAGCCAAAUAUGUAGGUGGCUAUUAGAAUGGAUGGAAAUAGAGGGGGAUCCAGUUUAAAUGUCUGAGACAUCUGUUUGGAAAGGGGUACUUUUUACUCUGGUUUAUAUCACUCACUGCCUAAGGUAACCUUGAAAAGCAAGGUACUCUUAUUUCACAAUGACAAGUUAAUGACAAAUGACUGCUGCUAAGAAAUGUCAGUUUUGAAAAAUGGUUUUUGCAUUUACAAUUUCAUGGCGCCAAACCCCUGGUAUUUUUUGGGAAGAUUAUUAUGUGGUUUCUUAGGAACUUUUCUUAUGGCACACAUUUUUAUACAAAAGGGUCUGAGGUUUUUAUUUACAUCAUGAUCAAUAUAUUUUCAAUUUUCCAAAAUGUCUGACGCCUGUGUUCUGGAGGAGUGUGUCUGUAUUAUCACUUCAAAUACUCUUCAGCAGUUUAGCAGUGGACUUGAGUGGCACAAACUGACUUCUUUGCCUUUUUUCUCUCCCCCUCGCCUGAUGGACAACAGGACCCAUGAACAACGGAGCAGUGCGUAACAUGGGUAAGCAGAUACUAAAUGACCAACACUUAUAUCAUAGAUCAGAUGCAUUGGAGGAUCAACUGCUAACCUUUUACGUUUAUCUUACUGGUUUGGUAGGUUUGCAUCUGCCUGCAAGGCUUUAUUGCAUUGAUCUUGGUCCAGUUUAAUGGCUUAUGCUAUGAAUCUGAGAUGAAUAAGGACAGUGCAGUGGAAGUGUAGCUGUAGUGUUUUCUGUCAAUUUUUUAACGGUAGUUCUCUAUCUGUUUAGGGCGCCCUGAGGAGCAGGAUGACUCUGAGAACAGCACCAUCUACAUCACAGGACUCACAGAGAACGCCACUCUGGAGGAGAUGGCUAUCUUCUUCAAAGACCCUGGACCCAUCAGGGUGAGUACAAUCUCUCAAUCUAAGGACCUCAAUUUAGACACGCAUUAGGUUGUAUUUGUCUCUUCCAAAACAUGCUGAUGUACACUGGGAAAAAAAUAUUAAUGCAACAAUUUCAAAGAUUAUACUGAGUUACAGUUCAUAUAAGAAUCUAUCUAUUGAAAUAAAUUCAUUACGCCCUAAUCUAUGGAUUUCACAUGACUGGGAAUACAGAUAUGCAUCUGUUGGUCACAGAUACUGUACCUUGAAGAAAAGAUGGGCAUUGAUCAGAAAACCAGUCAGUAUCUGGUGUGACCACCAUUUGUCUCAUGCAGCGCGACACAUAUCCUUCACAUACGGUUGAUCAGGCUGUUGUUGAUUGUGGCCUGUGGAAUAUUGUCCCACUCCUCUUCAAUGGCUGUGCGAAGUUGCUCGACAUUGGCGGGAACUGGAACCCGCUGUCGUACAUUAUCAUGCUGAAACAUGAGGCGAUGGCGGCGGGUGAAUGGCACAACAAUGGGCCUCAGGCUCUCGUCACGGUAUCUCUGUGCAUUCAAAUUGCCAUCGAUAAAAUGCUAUUGUGUUCGUUGUCCGUAGUUUAUACCUGCCCAUACCAUAACCCCACCGCCACCAUGGGGCACUCUGUUCACAACAUUGAUCAGCAAACCGCUCGCCCACACGCUAUCUGCCCGGUACAGUUGAAACCGGGAUUAAUCUGUGAAGAGCAUACUUCUCCAGCGUGCCAGUGGCCGUAGAAGGUGAGCAUUUGCCCACUGAAGUCGGUUACGAUGCCGAACUGCAGUCAGGUCAAGACCCUGGUGAGGACGACAAGCACGCAGAUGAGCUUCCCUGAGACGGUUUCUGACAGUUUGUGCAGAAAUUAUUCGGUUUUGCAAACCCACAGUUUCAUCAGCUGUCCGGGUGGCUGGUCUCAGACGAUCCCGCAGGUGAAGCCGCCGGAUGUGGAGGUCCUGGGCUGGCAUGGUUACACGUGGUCUGCGGUUCUGAGGCCGGUUGGACAUACUGCCAAAUUCUCUAAAACGACGUUGGAGGCGGCUUAUGGUAGAGAAAUGAACAUUCAAUUAUCUGGCAACAGCUCUGGUGGACAUUCCUGCAGUCAGCAUGCCAAUUGCACGCUCCCUCAACUUGAGACAUCUCUGGCAUUGUGUUGUGACACAACUGCGCAGUUUAGAGUGGCCUUUUAUUGUCCACAGCGCAAGGUGCACCUGUGUAAUGAUCAUGCUGUUUAAUCAGCUCCUUGAUAUGCCACACCUGUCAGGUGGAUUAAUUAUCUUGGCAAAGGAGAAAUGCUCACUAACAGGGAUGUAAACAAAUUUGUGCACAAAAUUUGAGAGAAAUUUGCUUUUUUGUGCGUAGGGAACAUUUCUGGAAUCUUUUAUUUCAGCUCCUGAAACAUAGGACCAACACUUUACAUGUUGCAUUUAUAUUUUUGAUCAGUGUAUUAUAUGGCCAAUGUUUUUGUUGUCUUGUUCUCAUUUAAUUAGAGGACUGAACAGUUAAUGAAUGCUCUCAAAAAUAAUGGCAACUGCAGAUAACUGUCAAUGGUGUGGUAGGUUGACUUUUGAGUGAUUAAUUCCUCUUUUAUUGUUCAGAUGAACCGGAGGUUGGGCAAGCCUGCCAUCAACAUCUACACAGACAAUGAUUCAGGGAAGCCCAAGGGAGACGCCACACUGUCCUACGAGGAGCCCGCCUUUGCCAAAGCUGCUGUAGAGUUAUUUGAUGGUAGGUCUCACUGGCCCUUUUUAACCUGCAUCAGCCUACUCUCUGGUUCUACUCUUGAACCAUGCAUAGCAGGACUUGUGUUGAUGUGCACUGAAAUGUACUUUAGAAUACUAGUAAUAACCAUUAACUCAUGUCUUUUUCUCUCUCUCCAUUUCUCUUUAUUCCUGUUACGUUCUGUUCCUGACCUCCACAGGGAAAGAGUACCAGGGCAGGAGGCUGAAGGUGUCCAUGGCUCGCCGUAAGCCCAUGAUGGGUGGAAUGAGAGGGGGCAUGCCCAUGAGGGGUGACAUGAUGGGCCGUGGAGGACCUGGAGGUAUAUUUAAGUCAACUGUUUGUUUGUGAGAUUGACACUGGUUCAAAACUGAAAAUGCACUGAACAAAAAUAUAAAUGCAACAUGUAACAAUUUCAAAGAUUUUACUGAGUUACAGUUCAUAUAAGGAAAUUGGUCAAUUGAAAUAAAUUCAUUAAGCCCUAAUCUAUGCAUUUCACAUAACUGGGAAUACAGAUAUGCAGCUGCUGGUCACAGAUGCCUUAAAGGUAGGAACAUGGAUCAGAAAACCAGUCAGGAUCUGGUGUGACCACCAUUUGCUUCAUGCAGCACAACACAUCUCCUUCGCAUAGAGUUGAUCAGGCUGUUUAUUGUGGAAUGUUGUCCCACUCCUCUUCAAUGGCUUUGCGAAGUUGCUGGAUAUUGGUGGGAACUGGAACACACAGUCGUACACGUCGAUCCAGAGCGUCCCAAACAUGCUCAAUGGGUGACAUGUCUGGUGAGUAUGCAGGCCAUGGAAGAACUGGGACAUCCAGAAAUUGUGUACAGAUGCUUGCGACAUGGGGCCGUGCAUUAUCAUGCUGAAACAUGAGGUGAUGGUGGCGGAUGAAUGGCACAACAAUGGGCCUCAGGAUCUCGUCACGGUAUCUCUGUGCAUUCAAAUUGCCAUCGAUAAAAUGCAAUUGUGUUCAUUGCCCGUAGCUUAUGCCUGCCCAUACCAUAACCCCACCGCCACCAUGGGGCACUGUGUUCACAAUGUUGACAUCAGCAAAUCUGUACAGUUGAAACCGUGAUUCAUCUGUGAAGAGCACACUUCUCCAGCGUGCCAGUGAACAUUUGCCCACUGAAUUCGGUUACGACGCCGAACUGCAGACAGGUCAAGACCCUGAUGAGGACGACGAGCACGCAGAUGAGCAUCCCUGAGACUGUUUCUGACAGUUUGUGCAGAAAUUCUUCGGUUGUGCAAACUCAGUUUCAUCAGCUGUCCGGGUGGCUGGUCUCAGACGAUCCCGCAGAUGAAGAAGCCAGAUGUGGAAGUCCUGGGCUGGUGUGGUUGUGAUGCCGGUUGGACGUACUGCCAAAUUCUCCAAAACGACAUUGGAGGCGGCUUAUGGUAGAGAAAUGAACAUUCAAUUAACUGGGAACAGCUCUGGUGGACAUUCCUGCAGUCAGCAUGCCAAUUGCACGCUUCCUCAACUUGAGACAUCUGUGGCAUUGUAUUGUAACACAACUGCACAUUUUAGUGGCCUUUUAUUUUCCCCAGCGCAAGGUGCACCUGUGUAAUGAUCAUGCUGUUUAAUCAGCUUAUUGGUAUGCCACACCUGUCAGGUGGAUGGAUUGUCUUGGCAAAGGAGAAAUGCUCACUAACAGGGAUGUAAACAAAUUUGUGCACAAAAUUUGAGAACUUUUUGUGCAUAUGGAACAUUUCUAGGAUAUUUUAUUUCACCUCAUGAAACAUGGGACCAACACUUUACAUGUUGCGUUUUAUAUUUUUGUUCAGUAUAUAUACAGUUGAAGUCGGAAGUUUACAUACACCUUAGCCAAAUACAUUUAAACUCAGUUUUUCACAAUUUCAGCUUUUAUUUCUUUCAUCACAUUCCCAGUGGGUCAGAAGUUUACAUACACUCAAUUAGUAUUUGGUAGCAUUGCCUUUUAAAUUGUUUAACUUGGGUCAAACGUUUCGGGUAGCCUUCCACAAGCUUCCCACAAUAAGUUGGGUGAAUUUUGGCCCAUUCCUCCUGACAGAGCUGGUGUAACUGAGUCAGGUUUGUUGGCCUCCUUGCUCGCACAUGCUUUUUCAGUUCUGCCCACACAUUUUCUAUAGGAUUGAGGUCAGGGCUUUGUGAUGGCCACGCCAAUACCUUGACUUUGUUGUCCUUAAGCCAUUUUGCCACAACUUUGGAAGUAUGCUUGGGGUCAUUGUCCAUUAGGAAGACCCAUUUGUGACCAAGCUUUAACUUCCUGACUGAUGUCUUGAGAUGUUGCUUCAAUAUAUCCACAUAAUUUUCCUUCCUCAUGAUGCCAUCUAUUUUGUGACGUGCACCAGACCCUCCUGCAGCAAAGCACAUUUACAUUUACAUUUUAGUCAUUUAGCAGACGCUCUUAUCCAGAGUGACUUACAGGUAGUGAGUGCAUACAUUUUUCAUACACCCCCACAGCAUGAUGCUGCCACCCCCGUGCUUCACGGUUGGGAUGGUGUUCUUCGGCUUGGCACGCCAUCCCCCUUUUUCCUCCGAACAUAACGAUGGUCAUUAUGGCCAAACAGUUCUAUUUUUGUUUCAUCAGACCAGAGGAAAUGUCUCCAACAAGUACGAUCUUUGUCCCCAUGUGCAGUUGCAAACCGUAGUCUGGCUUUUUUAUGGCGGUUUUGGAGCAGUGGCUUCUUCCUUGCUGAGCGGCCUUUCAGGUUAUGUCGAUAUAGGACUCAUUUUACUGUGGAUAUAGAUACUUUUGUACCUGCUUCCUCCAGCAUCUUCACAAGGUCCUUUGCUGCUGUUCUGGGAUUGAUUUGCACUUUUUGCACCAAAGUACGUUCAUCUCUAGGAGACAGAACGCGUCUCCUUCCUGAGCGGUAUGACGGCUGCGUGGUCCCAUGGUGUUUAUACUUGCGUACUAUUGUUUGUACAGAUGAACGUGCUGCCUUCAGGCGUUUGGAAAUUGCUCCCAAGGAUGAACCAGACUUGUGGAGGUCUACAAUUUUUUAUCUGAGGUCUUGGUUGAUUUCUUUUGAUUUUCCCAUGAUGUCAAGCAAAGAGGCACUGAGUUUGAAGGUAGGCCUUGAAAUACAUCCACAGGUACACCUCCAAUUGAAUCAAAUGAUGUCAAUUAGCCUAUCAGAAGCUUCUAAAGCCAUGACAUCAUUUUCUGGAAUUGUCUAAGCUGUUUAAAGGCACAGUCAACUUAGUGUAUGUAAACUUCUGACCCACUGGAAUUGUGAUACAGUGAAUUAUAAGUGAAAUAAUCUGUCUAAACAAUUGUUGGAAAAAUUACUUGUGUCAUGCACAAAGUAGAUGUCCUAACCGACUUGCCAAAACUAUAGUUUGUUAACAAGAAAUUUGUGCAGUGGUUGAAAAACGAGUUUUAAUGACUCCAACCUAAGUGUAUGUAAACUUCAGACUUCAACUGUAGUUGCCCCACAUUUGCCAUGAAAAUAUAAUGAAAUAUUGAAACAACCCCUGGUGUGUGUUAUCAGGCAUGAUGGGCCGUGGAGGAGAGCGUGGAGGUUUUGUCCCACGAGGAGGACCACAUGGUAUGGGCAGAGGUGGGCCAGGUGGCCCAGGUGGCAACAUGCAGCAGAGAGCUGGAGACUGGGAGUGCCCCAACCAGUAAGGACCUCUCAAGAAAGAGCUUUCCACUUUUUUAAAAUUAAGUUACAGUACAGUUAGUGGUUUUUGUGUAUAUCACUGAAUGGUUGUCCUUCUCAGGGGCUGUGGCAACCAGAACUUUUCCUGGAGGAUGGAGUGUAACCAGUGCAAAGCUCCCAAACCAGAUGGCUUUGGGCCCCCUUCAGGUACAGCUGUCACUGGCACAGCAGCAUUAUUGUUAGGGCCUGGUUCAACUGUAGACAGGAACCAUUAUAACAAUUUGUGUUAUUUGAGCAACAAGGGCUUAAUUACCUUCCCUGUUUCACAUGUAUCUUAAUGUUUGCAAUGUAAACACAGCCAAAUCAAACAAAAACAGGUUUAUCACCUUGACUUCAGGGUCCAUGCUUAGCGGUUGUACUACUCUGAACAAAAAUAUAAACGCAACAUGUAAAGUGUUGGUCCCAUGUUUCAUGAGCUGAAACUAAAAAAUCCCAGAAAUGAUCCAUACGCACAAAAACCUUAUUUCUGUCAAAUUUGUUAAUACCUGUUAGUGAGCAUUUCUCCUUUGCUAAGAUAAUCCAUCUAUCUGACAGGUGUAGCAUGUCAAGAAGCUGAUUAAACCGUAUGAUCAUGACACAGGUGCUGGGGACAAUAAAAGGCCACUUUUAAAAUGUGCAGUUUUGUUGCACAACACAAUGCCACAGAUGUCUCAAGUUUUGAGGAAGCUUGCAAUUGGCAUGCUGACUGCAGGAAUGUCCACCAGAGCUGUUGCCAGAGAAUUGAAUGUUCCAUAGAAUUCGGCCGUACGUGUAACCGGCCUCAAAAUCGCAGACCACGUAUAACCACCCCAGCCCAGGACCUCCACAUCCGGCUUCUUCACCUGUGGGAUUGAUGGAGAGGGGGUGCUGAGGAGGAUUUGUCUGUAAUAAAUCCCUUUUUUGGGGAAAAACUCAUUCUGAUUGGCUGGGCUCCCUAGUGGGUGGGCCUAUAUCCUCCCAGGCCAACCCAUGGCUAUGCCCCAGCCCAGUCAUGUGAAAUCCAUAAAUUAGGCCCAAUUCAUUUAUUGCAAUUGGCUGAUUUCCUUUAUAUGAACUGUAACUCAGUAAAAUCUUAGAAAUUGUUGUAUUUAUUUUUGUUCUGUAUAGUUUAGUGUCAAUACUGGGGAAACAUGAAACCAUCCAUGUGCAGCAGUCUGUUUACUGUAAUUGAAAGCUUUGGUGUUGGAGGGGCUUGCUCUGUGUGCACUGGGAAUACUACUUAUGUUUAAUAAUCUCAUGUUUCCCUUCCUGUUAACGUGUGUAUGUCUACGAUAGUCUGGUGGCAAGCUUAACUGGGUCUUGUGUGAUUUUUGUUCAGGUGGUGAGCGAGGCAGGGGUGGAAUGGGGAUGCGUGGGGGCAGAGGGAUGGACCGUGGCGGGCCUGGUGGUCCUGGAGGCUUCCGUGGAGGAUGGGGAGGUGGUGGUGGAUUCAGGGGACGGGGUGGAAUGGACCGAGGGGGAUUCCGAGGGGCUAGCAGGGGAGGACCGCCUAUGGACCGAGGAAGAGGAAUGGGUAGAGGAGGAAUGGGGGGGCCCCCAGGCAAGAUGGAUAUGAGGUAAAGGAACAUGUUGGACUGCUUUCAUCAUACUCAUGUAUUACUUACUUUAUGUAUGUUUGUUGGACACUAAAUGAUUGCUCUUUCUCUCUCAUAGGGACCAUCGCCAGGAACGCAGAGACCGACCCUACUGAAAGACAGCAAUUUGAAUUUUCCAUUUAGUGCAGGAUUUGAUUUUUAAAAUUAAUUUAUGAUUCCGUUUUUAUUAAUGGUUAUAGAACUGCUUUUGAAAUACUCUGGUGCAGUUUCAUUGAACUCGUAGUUAAACGUUUUUUUUUUUUUUUAAUAGUUUUGUUUACCCUUGGUUCAGUUAUUUCGACUUGUGCACAUUUAUUUUUUGUAUUUCUUAGAUGUACAGACUGAUUUUUGGACAGUUUAUUGUAAAACAUGACACUUAUUUUUUAAUUGUAAUUGCUUCUACUUCCCACAGCUGUGUAAUGAUAAACAAUUUUGAAAAUAAAUUGUCCACCCUGAUUUGAUGCUAAAAGAAA